CGCCAAUCACGACCUGCUGCUUUGUGACAAUCCGCAAUCAUUGAAGGCCUUUUCGUCAAUCGAGCCUUCCUAGUCAGGAUCCUGCUGAUUUGUGAACCAUGGGAUAUGUGAGGUAAUCUAUGCCGAGUUUGCCUUUGCUCUGCUUUCUUUGUUACAUAUAAUCACUGCUGCGUCCGUCCAUUCUUUCCAUUCUCUCCAAGAACGAGUUCAGUGACUGCUUCUGGCCUACUUACUUCUUUCUUGUUUCUUACUUUGAGCUUCUCUUAUCUGCCAUGGCUCCGUCUGCGAUUCCCCCGCCAGUCUUAACUCCCACAUCUCUUAGCUUCCCCACAUCUACUCAUACCCCGGGUGCUGUGGAUGGCACACCGAAUUUCCAUGGCUAUGACCAUAUCACCUGGUAUGUGGGCAAUGCGAAGCAAGCAGCAUCGUAUUACACAACCCGUCUCGGUUUCCGCACAAUAGCAUACAGAGGUCUCGAGACCGGAAGUCGAUAUAUUGCCUCUCACGUCGUUGGCAAUAGCAAUAUCAGAUUCGUUCUCACGUCGGCCGUCAAAUCAUAUUCUGCCCUCGAUGGCGACGAGCCCAUAACAUCCGAAGAACGAAGCUUAUUGAAGGACAUCUAUGCACAUUUGGAGAAACACGGUGAUGCCGUCAAGGACGUUGCGUUCGAAGUAGACAAUGUGGAGGGUGUAUAUCGACAAGCAGUUGAGCAAGGCGCUGUCUCUGUCCAAUCACCACGAACACGAUCAGACACAAAUGGCUCAGUUACAAGCGCCAUCAUCCGUACAUACGGCGAUACAACACAUACUCUAAUCUCCCGAGACACAUACAACGGCAUCUUCCUCCCAGGCUACAAAUCCAUCCCCUCCUCCAAAUUGGACCCUCUUCAACGCCUACUCCCCACCGUCACCCUCGAAGCCAUCGACCACUGCGUCGGCAACCAAGACUGGGGCAAAAUGGAAGAAGCCUGCGCCUACUACGAACGCUGCCUCUCCUUCCACCGCUUCUGGUCCGUCGACGACUCGCAAAUCUCCACCGAAUUCUCAGCCCUAAACUCCAUCGUCAUGGCAUCCCCCAACAACGUCGUCAAGAUGCCCAUCAACGAGCCCGCUCCCGGAAAGAAGAAGUCCCAGAUCGAAGAGUACGUCGACUUCUACGGCGGCGCAGGCGUGCAGCACAUCGCGCUCCGCACAAACGAUAUCAUCGCCGCGGUAACCAACAUGCGGGCCCGCGGCGUGGAAUUCAUCUCGGUCCCAGAAACAUAUUAUACCACCAUGCGCCAGCGUCUCAAGACCGACAAGCGGAGCUGGAAGCUCCAGGAGGACUUCGACACGAUCCAGAAACUGAAUAUCCUGAUUGAUUUCGACGAGGGCGGGUACCUGUUGCAGCUCUUUACGAAGCCGUUAAUGGAUCGGCCGACGGUGUUUAUUGAGAUUAUCCAGCGGAACGAGUUUGAUGGGUUUGGGGCGGGGAAUUUUAAGAGUCUUUUUGAGGCUAUCGAGAGGGAGCAGGCGGAGAGGGGGAAUUUGUGAUGAGAUGAGAGAGAUUGUUUGACUUUGCAUAGCGGGUGUAAGUUUUUGUAAUAAGCAAUGGAAUGGAUGAGUUUUAUGCCUUCUCAUGUUUCGGGUGUUGUGUUGCUUCGAAGUGUCGUUCUUAAUGAGGUGUUUAAUAAUGGACUGGACGAACCCUAA